UGGCGAGGUAUAAGUACGGCUCUCGAAGUGGCGAGCGGCUCAUUCAGACUUUCUGUGACUUUCUCAAGCUACCAAUAUGAGCGGAAGAGGCAAAACCGGAGGCAAGGCCAGGGCGAAGGCAAAGACCCGUUCAUCCCGUGCCGGGCUCCAGUUCCCCGUGGGCCGUGUGCACAGGCUGCUGCGCAAAGGCAACUACGCCGAGCGUGUGGGCGCUGGCGCACCAGUCUACCUGGCCGCCGUGCUCGAGUACCUGACUGCUGAGAUCCUGGAGUUGGCCGGCAACGCUGCCCGUGACAACAAGACGACUCGUAUCAUCCCCCGUCACCUGCAGCUGGCCGUCCGUAACGACGAGGAGCUGAACAAACUGCUCGGCGGUGUGACCAUCGCUCAGGGUGGUGUGCUGCCCAACAUCCAGGCAGUGCUACUCCCCAAGAAGACCGAGAAGGCAGUCAAAGCCAAGUAAAUUCGCUACUGCGACUUCAACUUGACUACUCAACCCCCAAAGGCUCUUUUAAGAGCCAACCACCUAGCUCUCCAAAAGC